AUGUCUCCUGGGUUCAGCGGCCAGUCGUUUUAUCUUAACUUGUGUAUUGUGUCUUCUGCUGGGUUUGUAGGCUCGGUUCUGUGCUGUUAUCUCGCUCACGCUCUCGUGUCUGUUCCUCUGCAGCUGUAUGUUUCGUCGGAGAGCCGCUUUAACACUCUGGCGGAGCUGGUUCACCAUCAUUCCACCGUGUCUGACGGUCUGAUCACCACGCUGCAUUACCCAGCGCCCAAACGCAACAAGCCCACCAUCUACGGCGUCUCGCCCAACUACGACAAGUGGGAGAUGGAGCGCACAGAUAUCACCAUGAAGCACAAGCUGGGAGGAGGGCAGUAUGGAGAGGUGUACGAGGGCGUCUGGAAGAAAUACAACCUGACCGUGGCUGUCAAAACACUGAAGGUCAGAGACACGUCGAGAACGCAUCACACUCGGCCUUCUUUUGCUGAAACCCACCAGGCGUUUGAGACAAUGUUUCAAGAGUCCAGUAUCUCCGAUGAGGUGGAGAAAGAGUUGGGCAAAAAGGGUAAGAAGCUGACACUGAGUCCGAUACAGCAGGCUCCAGAACUUCCCACUAAGACGAGGACACUGCGAAGACAUACGGACAGCAGGGAUGGCGACAGUCCCGACGCAGCAGAGGCCGAGGUAACUGGGCCCCCGAUGCUCCCGAGGCCUGUCCUUGAUAGCAACUUAAACGAAGACGAUCGCCUCCUAGCCAAAGAUAAAGAUAAGUUCCGAAUGAAUCCGUUCAGUUUAAUCAAGAAAAAGAAGAGAACGGCUCCGGCACCGCCUAAACGCAGCAGCUCCUUCGGGAAGAUGGAUGGGCAACUGGAUCGUAGAGGACUGGCUUCCGAAUGCAGAGAUGAUUUUAACAAUGGCGCUUCCACUAACGACGGCAUCGACCCUUCUAAAUUGGUCGGCUCCAACAGUACAACGAUUGUCGGAGUCACCAAUGGAGCCAUGGUUUUUCCCGGUCAGCUCUUUCCAUCUCAUUCACGGAAAAAGGGGACAACAUCGGCCGGCGGAGGGAAGCUUGCCACGACUCCACCUGCAGAAGAAGACCCCAUGUCAAACUCCAAGCGCUUCUUAAGGUCUUCUUCCACCUCUAGCAUGCUUCCGGGGUCCGAGCGCACCGAGUGGAAGUCGGUCACCUUGCCCCGUGAUAUCCAGUUGUCUCACUUCGACUCGGGAACCUUUGGAGGAAAGCCAGCUCUGCCUCGCAAGAAAGCCGAUUGUGUGCCCCGUGGUGGCACCCUUACUCCGCCACCGCGCCUUCCCAAGAAAACCGACUCGGAUGCACCAGACGAAGUGUUUAAGGACUCGGAGUCUAGUCCUGGAUCAAGUCCUUUGACUCGGACACCGAAGCUCAGCCAUCGGACGGAAAGCUCCAAAACGAGCGCCUUGCAAGCAGAGCUGUUCAAACCCAAUGUGCUUCCUCUUCCAGGAGACGAAUGCAGACCUCGUAGGCUCAAGAACUCUUCCGAAGUCCCUGUACAAAGAGACCGAGAGAAGGGGAAGUUCGCCAAACCCAAACCAGCUCCUCCUCCGCCUCCGGUCUCGAGCGGCAAAUCCGGAAAGACUUCGAGGAGUCCCACUUUUGACGUUUCUUCAGAUACCAAAGCCAAAGGCUCGUCUGAACACAACCCUCCAAGUUCCGGAUCCGCAGAACAAGGCAAAGGCAUGAGUCUUUCCCAAGAAUGUGCUAAGAAUGUACCAAAAAACACCUCAAAAGUGCAGCCCCCAAAGACGACUUCUAUAUCCCCAAGCAGUCAGCUGCCAGGAAUGGGAACCGGAUCGGCUGCCGGUGAUCCGGGAUCCAAUUUCAUUCCCCUCAUGACGACUCGCCGCUCACUAAGGAAGACGCGCCAGCCGUCGGAGCGGCUCUCCAACUCCUGCAUCACGCGCGAGAUGCUCUUGGAGAGCACCGAGCUCCUGCGAGCCGCCAUCGGCCGCAUUACGGAGCAGACCGGCAGCCAUAGCGCGGUGCUGGAAGCCGGCAAGAAUCUGUCCAAGUAUUGCGCGACCUACGUCGAGUCCAUCCAGCAGAUGCGCAACAAGUUUGCUUUCCGCGAAGCCAUCAAUAAGUUGGAGAGCAGCCUGCGCGAGCUGCAGAUCUGCCCCGCCGCCACCGGGGGAGCCAACACGCCUCAAGACUUUUCAAAGCUGCUUUCCUCCGUCAAGGAGAUCAGUGACAUUGUUCAGAGGUAGCGGAGAAGAGCACGGAUGCGACCGGUGUCAUCUGCGUGUCUGGGGCUUCUCUGGUGAUGUGAGCCACCUCGGCUUUUCUCAUGCCAAAUAGAGGAACGUUUCCGAACGGUUCAGUGUCUUAUUACUGUGCACAAGUGCAGGGGAACCGUUCCACUUGGCGAUCUUAAGGUAGCCCAGGUUCAAGUCGUAGUGACUUGAUUGAGUCUCUGUAAUUCCUUGACUUUCCUCACUGCAAAAAAUGGUUUUCUUUCUUAGUAUUUGUCUUGUUUUCUAGUGUAAAUGUCUUCAAAUUCUGGAAUUAA